AACGACCAAGUACAAGGACGAUCCACUCAAUUUCCCGUUUUACAAAAUUCUGUUUUCUUCUCGACAUUGCCAGUAUCUCUCUGAAUGGCGAAACCAUUUGCCGACGAUUCACGAAGUAACAGAACCGCCGUUCAAGCCACCAACGACGACGCUUCCGCCAGCAAACUGUCAUGUGUGAAAAAAGGAUACAUGAAAGAUGAUUAUGUUCAUCUCUUUGUUAAAAAACAGCUAAGACGAGCUCCCAUUAUUAAUCGUGGUUAUUUUGCUCGAUGGGCUGCUCUUCGAAAGAUGCUCUAUCAAUUUCUUGAUUGUGAGCCGAAUGCUGAUGGAAAUGGAAAUGGAAUUAUCAGGAAACAGAUACUGUCACUUGGAGCUGGAUUCGACACGAUGUAUUUUCAGUUGCAGGAUGAAGGAAAAGCUCCUUAUCUUUACGUGGAACUAGAUUUUAUUGAGGUAACAAGUAAGAAGGCAGCUCUUAUAGAAACCUACAGUCAGUUAAGGGAUAAAGUUGGUGAAACAGCAUCAAUAUCCUCAGAAAAGGGGGAAGUCCAUAGUGAUCAUUACAAAUUGCUGCCUGUAGAUUUGCGCAACAUAGAAAAUCUAAAUGAUAUUAUAGCCCAAGCAAAUUUAGAUCCCAGUUUGCCAACAUUUAUAAUUGCAGAAUGCGUUCUUAUAUAUUUGGAUCCUGAUUCAAGUCGUGCUAUUGUUGGAUGGGCUUCAAGAACCUUUUCUACGGCAAUAUUUUUCUUGUAUGAGCAGAUCCACCCAGAUGAUGCUUUUGGCCAGCAAAUGAUUCGGAAUUUGGAGAGCCGAGGUUGCGGACUAUUAGGAAUUUAUGCUACACCAACUUUACAGGAAAAAGAAAAUCUUUUUGUUGAUCAAGGAUGGCAGAAAGCUGUUGCUUGGGACAUGCUACGGGUUUAUAGUGAUUUUAUUGAAGCUCAAGAAAAACGAAGGAUUGAAAGAUUGGAAAUAUUUGAUGAAUUUGAAGAGUGGUAUAUGAUGCAGGAGCACUACUGUGUUACAUAUGCAAUCAACGAUGCCAUGGGACUGUUCAAGGAAUUCGGUUUUCCUAAUAAACAGCCUACAACAAACACCUCCACUGCAACAUCCACAUGAAAGAGGAUCCUAUCUAGACAAUCACUUUUUCCAAUCUCUGAUGGUCUUCAGAAUAUGAAUGGAAAACUUGUUUACUAGCUGUCAAUUUGCCUGGACAGAAGGGUUUCAGGUACUGAAAGGGUCUUAACCAGUUCUGGUCCUACUUAGGUGUAUUAGGGAUGGUCAUUAGUGUGAGUACAUCUUAUAGAAAAUCCUCUUCAGAUAUUUUUAUUUUUAUUUGUAUAAUGUUGGACCGAACCGGAGCGUGCGAGUUCAUAUAGCCGAUCCCAAUUUGUUUUGUUUCGGAUGUGAUUGUGAAGGGGAAGAUCCUCUUUUGCAAGCUGUUUGGCAAAGCUAAAACGUGGUAGGGCCAUUUGUGAAUGGAAUUGUGUUGUGUUGGCCCCUUGUUGGGUGGGGGAACACUUGCAUGGUUGUCCCCUCUUUUCAAUUGGAUACUCUUUUUUCUCUUUGCUUUA